AAACAAUUGCGGUACUGUUGUUUUACUAUUGUCUUUCUUACUUAAGAGAUAGGUUUUAAAUACACAUCACAAAGUAGUUAUCAUUUUGGACUAGGAACAAUGUUUAUUGUGUUUGUACUAUUGCAGGUAUUUAUUCAAGAUGUCUGCGGCCUGUGCCCUACCGGUUGGCUUGAAUUUCGCUGCAGUAGCUCGUGUUAUCGGUUCUUGUCAUCGAGAAAGAUGGACUGGACAACGGCCAGAAAGCAUUGUCAGACUCUGUCAGGUGACCUGCUGACACUUGAAUCCGAGGACGAAAUGAUCUGGGUAGAACAUGAGCUGUUUGAUUACCCGACGAGCAAUGAGUGGUGGAUAGGCCUAAAAAGAAGCCCUGACAAUAAAACAACGUGGUUAUGGACGGAUGGAUCAAUAAAAAAUGAAUCAAACAGUUUCAUCCAGUGGGGCAGUGGGGAGCCCAAUAACUAUCUAGACUCGGAAGACUGCGGGGAAAUUAACAACCAUACCCUCCGCGACAGGGACUGUGGCAUACCCCAACAGUCCAUAUGUAAAAGACCGCAAGAUGUUCCGCAUUAUUGUGAUGUGGACAAUGGCUGGACAGACCUGGUUGUUGAAGGGAAAGACAUCGCUUGUUUCAAGGCCAUGCCAACAAAAGUGAAAUAUAAAGAUGCCCAAUCGGCGUGUAUGCAAGAGGAAGGUACCCUUGCCCCCAUGGCGACUGAGUCAGAUCAACAGGCGUUUAUUGUGUACCUAGCAGAGCAGGAUGACGGAGCUGCUUAUUGGCUUCCGUAUACCCGGAACACGAAAUCUCGACUGUUACCUAUAACAACUAGUGAACCGGAAAACUACUGGUGGAUGGAUCCAGCUUCGGAUGAACAAACACUGGUAGACAACAAUACAUUGUGUAUGGUUGUGGAUACAAACACUAUUGAUUUCAACAACAGACGCCAAGCAUCAUGUGACGACUUGUACAAACCCGUAUGUAGGAAGGAACUAGGCAUUUGUCCAUCAGGUUACACAAAGUACAAUGACUUCUGCUUCCGGUUUGAAAUCGAACGGAGGACAACUUGGAGGGAAGCAAGGAGUUUCUGUAACAUCCGCAACACGAAGUUACUUCGUAUUCAGUCGAAUGACACACAGAUAUUUAUUGAGAGGAACAUUCAAAAGAAUAGCACUGUCUGGCUUGGGUUUAGUGGUACGAGAAAAGACUCUUGGAGAUGGUUUGAUGAAGGUGAUGACUCCACAUUAGCCUUCGGAGCCUUUGAAACAAACAAAACUGCCUCUCUCGCUAGAAACAUCGAAAUGUGCGGCGUACUGACAGGCUCUGGAAAGUGGGAAAGCCAAGAUUGUGGUAGUUCUAAUGCGGGCACUGUUUGUAUUGGCCACUUCGUAAGUCGACCACUUGGUUCCCCUUGCCCAGUCGAAGAACAAAAUUGCCUUGAAGGACCUUUACCUGAGCCGCCACAUACUUUAACACCAACCUUCAAAUGUGACAUAUCAAAUUCCUACGAUCUGAGCCAGCAGAAUGGUCUAUGCUACAGACAAAUACCAAUGCUUGUUGACUGGUAUAAGGCGCGGACGUUAUGUGCAAACGACAAUGCUAUCCUUGUGGAUGCUGUUACAAAUGAAACGAUGACCAUGCUUGCAACCACCUACGGAACAACGAGCGACAAGGAAUCUGAAAGAUGGAUUUGGACAGGUCUCAAUGACAGAGAGAAAGAAGGCCACUACGUUUGGCAAAGGGGAACCAGUCAGACUACUAAAGGCUACUGGAUGCAUGGUUCGCCUAAUAACUUUGAAGUUGGGACUGUUUAUUCGGAAAACUGUGUUGUAAUGGCAACGGCAUCACAUGAUGCAUAUCUUUCCGGCGACAAUCGCUCCUUAAUCAUAGAAUGGGAUGACAUUCCUUGUGGCUUUAAAAGACGGGCAGUUUGUCAAAAGGGACCAGAGUACAAUAUAGCUCUUGGGAAGAUGAUUGCAGUGUCCUCCGGAGACCAGGGAUAUCAGUUAAUAGACGAUUGUGUUGACAGGGAUAUUUCUAAAGGCUGCUGUGGAAUAAUAACUGGUUCUUAUCCCUGGUGGCAACUGGAUCUUGGCAUUCCGUUUACCAUCAGUUCUAUUGUUAUACAUAGACGUUUUAAAGAAGGAUGCGCCGUAUGUCCGACGGAAAUGAGGGACUUCCGGCUAUUUAUUAGUAACGUCACAGGCUCAAAGAACGACACUGACCUGGUUUACACAGAGACAUCAGACCGGCCACAGACGAUUAUCACAGUGCUCUUAGAUACACCAAUUACUGGCAGGUAUGUGCGGAUUGAUAUUCCAAAACAAGACGUUAGUUUUGCACUUUGCGAGGUCCAAGUGUUUGAAUACAAUGGGUGGACCGGCAAAAAGCUCACGCCAGAAAACUCAAACUGCAUAACUGACUCGACAAAAUGGCUAGGACUUGUAAACCACACUGAAACAGGCCUCGAAUGCCAGAGAUGGGUCCUUGACAUACCGCAUAAUCACGGUUACCAUGAUGACACAUUUGCUGGUGGUCAAAACCAACACGAGGCUGAAAAUUACUGUCGCGAUCCAAGAGGAGAGGGCCAACCUUGGUGCUACACCACUAACCCGAAUGUUCGAUGGCAGUUCUGUAGCAUACCGCAUUGCACCGUAGUUACAAACCAAGGACACAAGGAUAAGUCUGCCACGAAUUCUUCGAUCUGUAAGAAUGGCUGGGAUGAGGACCCUAACACAGGAGCCUGUCAGAGAUCCGGAUACGAACAGUUAACAUUUGCCGACGCUGUAAAUGUUUGUCAAAACGAAGGAGCAAGUGUCUUCGUACCAACUAUGGAAAGUGGAAUAGGUGUUUUCAACGAAAGUGAAAUACAAUGGCUCGGAAUCAUAUACGACAUGAACACCACACAGUGGAAGCAAUUAUCUGGUCUUGAUGUACCGAUGUUUAUUCUGGAUGCCUUAGCAUCUGCUACUGCCAAAAAAAUGACGGGACCCUCAUGUGCGCUCAUCAGUGUUAAAACUGAAGCGAUGCAUACUGCCGAUUGCUUGGAAAGACACAACUUCACAUGCAAAACAGCAGAAAGGUUCUUGAUUGUGAAACAUGGUUCCGCUGGAGGAGAAUAUGUGACCGCACCAUUUCUGUCCAAAUAUCACAAUGCCUAUAAAUUCGAAUUCCGCGGUGAAUCAGCUGCGCUUCUAAGACUGACAGGCAAAAACGACAUUGUUCACUACGAAAUUAAACUCGGCGGAAAAUAUUCCACACAAUGCACAAUUAAAGAUGUCGAGACAACUGAAGUUCUCUACAAAACACGCCUCGAUGUUGUCACCAGUGCAACGGUCUUUAAAGCCUUUUGGGUCAGUUGGAAUAAUUCUGAAGUCAAAGUCGGCCGAGGAGAAUUAUAUGGACGAAAUCAGUUUAUGUCUUCGGCGGUAAAGGCGCUGGAUGGAGCAACUUUAGAAUUGUGGUCUUCUGCACAAACGGAAUGGAAAACAUAUUGGAAAGACCAAUCCGGUGCAGACGAGGUAAAACAGAAAACAGACCAAUCCGGUGCAGACGAGGUAAAACAGAAAACAGGUGUAAACCUAGCUUUGAACAAAACCACUCGGACGUCAAGCCUUUAUCAUAUGGCAGGCCAUAGUAGAAAAGGAGUGGAUGGUUGUACAAAUGGACAUUACUUCGAUGAAUUUUGUUGUACCCACACAAAGAAUGAUCUCGGUGCCUGGUGGGAGGUUGAUCUUGAACAAAUGUAUCCAAUAAAGGAUAUCGUCGUGUAUAACAGACAAGAUUGUUGCAGCAAUCGACUUCGCGGCUUUGUUGUCUACAUUAGCAGCGUCAGUGAUAGCACUAUGGACAGUGACAUAGUGUAUAGGAACACGGAUUCAUCCGUUCCAUAUAUAACGCGAAUUCCUGUUGAUGGAAAAAGGGGCAGAUAUGUUAAGAUAAGUCUCAAAGACAAGAGGGAAUUUUUAACGUUGUGCGAAGUGGAAGUCAUGCUUGAUCAGGAUUCAUCGAAUUGCUACACUGGUUGGCACGACUACCCAGACACCAAAAAGUGUUAUCGGAUUAUCGACCAACCGAUGAGAAGCCAACAGGGCGCUGAGAUUUGUUCACAGUUAGACGCCACAAUGUCGUUACCUACGUCACUGGAAGAAGAACUUUUUCUAUAUAGUUUAUUGAUCGGUUUGCGGAAACCCCAUAACACCUCAAUGUGGCUUCCGGUGAUGAGAAACGGUAACAAGAUGAAAAUUAUGGCUGACGAGUCCCAUCUCAGAUAUAACAGAUUUAAAAAUGACGAGUCGUCUUUUUCUAAUGCCACAUUAUGUGCUGGAAUUGGACAAUCUACGGGAGGGAGCUGGGACUGGUUCCCUUGUUCGGAUAAGAGGACCGUUAUCUGCCAAUUAAAGGAAUUGGCAUCGACGCCAGCAGUGACAACAUCGACAACUACUGCAACGACUGUUGAAUUUACAUCAACGACAUCAGUGACAUACUCGACAUCUACGGCAACGACCGAAGACUGGAGCACGUCAAAUAAUAUCCUUGGCUCGUUAAAGAAUAGCCAAGUCGACGCAAGCCCUGGCGAAGAAUCCGGACUGACACAAGGAGAAAUAAUCGGCGUCGUCAUUGGUGUCAUUGUAGGGGUUGUCUCCCUUGGCGUGUGUGUAUUUUUUGUUAGAAAAUUCAUCGUGGCCUCCAAUAUUUAUCAAAUGAAGCAAGGCUCGUUUGUUGGAUUUGACAAUGCGAUGUUUAAUAAGGGCACGGAGGACAGUGUUAUUAUUCAGUGACAGUGUUAGUCUCCUGUAAAACUUAUUCUAAUUAUGGAGAAUCGUUUGCGUUUGCUUUUUUUUCAAACGCUCAAAGCUUUGUACUUUGGGUGAGCUAUCACAAUAUUAUCAUCCGUGCUACUUAAGGCGGUGGUUAUUUUACAUACACCUUUUGCUCUAUUAUGCAGCAGUAUUACUUAAUCGAAGCCUAUCUUAAAAAGGAUAACACUGUUUUAUUUAGUGGUUAAAUAAACGACCGAACAUUUAUGAUAUACCGUCUAAUUUUGGAAAUUUCAAUGACGUCAUAGCACAAAAAGAAAACAGAUCAUACUGUUGACCAGGAGCAAAUGGAGACAAAUUGAUGUUUGAUGUAAACGAACUAAAAGAACUAAAUUAUUUAUAUUUGUAUUUGUAUAACAACUUAUCUCUUCAAUCAUUUUCCCUUCAUAAUUGUAAUAUGCUCAUAUAUUUACAUAAUGUGAAUAAAUACUGUUUGAACCAAACAAA